AUGAUAGCUCCACUAAGGACCGCAGUUUCGCGCGCCAGCGUUCUCAGUCACUCCACGAGACUGUGAGUAGCAGUGGUGCUUGAAGCUUCGCUUCUUGUCCCCUUCCGCUGCGCUGUUUUGACUAGAUAUCAUUCGCAACCAGCACCCGAUCAGCUUCGUCACGAUGGUCACAAGCCCGCACAAUGGCGUCUGAAGCCGCCCCCGAAGCUUCUAGUAGCUCUACCGCUCAAGCAGCAGCCCCUGCCGAUCCUAAGCUCAGCGCAAUUGUGGACCAGAUCGAAAAGCUGACUUUGUUGGAGGCCGCUGAGCUGGUUACUCAGCUCAAGGUGAGAGGUCCAUUGCUGCAGAAGCGAUAGGUAGGUCACGCUGACCCUCCCUCCACGCCAUUCUCGCAGACGCGCCUUAAUAUUCAGGACAUUGCGAUGCCAUCGGCUGCGCCUGCUGCUGCUGCUCCCGCUGCUGGAGGAGGUGCUGCGGCUUCAGCAGCACCGGCAGAGGAGGAAAAGCCCAAGGAGAAGACGAUCUUCACGAUCAGACUAAAAGGAUUGAAGGAUGCGGGAGCCAAGGCCAAGGUCAUUCGUGAGGUCAAGGCUUUGAACAGCUCAAUGUGAGUGAUCGCUCGCGAUGGGCCUGGCGUCUGCUACAAUUGCGCACGCCGCCUUUGUCCCUCUUCUUGAUUGAGCUUUUCCGAAUAGAAUCGCUGUCGCUGACACUCACCCCUGCACAGGAACCUGGUCGAGGCUAAGAAAUUCGUCGAGUCGGCACCCCAGGUGCUCAAGGAGGGUGUGCCCAAGGAGGAGGCGGAGAAGUUGCAGAAGGCCAUUGAGGCUGCUGGUGGAGAAGUCGAGCUGGAGUGAGGAGAUACACGACAGAGUGCUGGGGUAUGGAGGAUGUGGCUUGCGGGCUGCGGACGCACACGAGGAGCAGGCAUGUCUCUGACAUACGCCAUCGCGGUUGACAAUGCAUACACUGGCUCACAUCUACCUGCCCCGUCGGAGAGAGAGCUAGAAGUUCUGGCCAAGCGUGGUCGAAUGCGCAUCACUCUCAGUCCCAAGGACGAAGCACGACACUUCGCCACGCGGGCGUCGGCGCCAUCGACGGACUGUACCGGUAAGGUAAAGCUAAACCUUGAACUUGAUCACUCCACGCCACCCAGAAGGCUCCAGGUACACUCACCUGGCCAUGCCUGUUUUGAAAAGGCAUCCUUAGGCAGCAAAGCCCAUUGAUGCCGUUCCAAACAGCAGGUAUCUUUCGCUUGGCAAUGCGCUGAUCUGCUGGCAGCGAAAGCGUCGCCACUUGCUGCGUAUGGGCCGCCAGAGACCACUUUCACGACGGUCGCAGCCGGAGAGUCGGCGUCAGCCGGUCGCGCCCCUCGCCACUCACGCAGCCUCCGUUCCUCCUUCUCGAAAUGUCAGGGCGGCGUCCUCGGUGGGCUAUUCGUGCGCAGCCCGCCUUCCAAAGCUCCUACUUCUGCAGUUUGACCUAGCUAAAGGAUUAACGUUGCAAGUCAACGCCACGGCUGCAUCUCAAACGCCGGCUUUAUGACAGCACUGACGCGGCAGGUGAGCGCUACAUUAGUCGGCUCUCUUGCGACGGCGCUUGUGUUGAUGCCACAAUGUCACCAUGCCACCACAAUUACUGAGCGACGAGUGACGGGUUUCGAUCGUUUCAAAGCAGUGGCGACGAGCCAAGCGGAAGCUUUCGAGGUCGGCGGGCUUGCCACCUGAGCGGCUUGAGCAGACCGUGGCUCGAGCUCAAAUAGCCAGCGCUUGACGUUGCAAACUUGCCCUUCUGCUAUCCUACUUCGAAGUCUCGUGAGACCUUUCUUCACUUCUGAUUCCGCGAUGAGGUCUGGUACCCGUGCUUUAUUCAUCCUUCUGCUCACUUUCUUGCUUCAUGCACCUACUGUCAAAAGCAGGCCUUUCGCUGGUCGGAUCGGGCUUGGCAGUGAUCGUGUGCAUGCCGGCAUCGAGCGCGACGAGCUUGCAACACGUCAGCUAGAUCUCCACUCCAAGAAGCCCACAAAGGUGCGCAGCUCGAUGUCUGACGAGCGGAGCAGAAGCGCUUGACAACUCAUUCAAAUUCAUCCGUUUCCUUCAGAGGUUCGACGCAGGAGCUGCGCUCUCCAACAGUAGCCUGUUGCGUCGCGCCGAUGACGAGCACGUCGUGUCGAAAGUGGGUCCACUAUGCUGAAUAUUGUUCGCGCCGCCGCUGACGUGCAAGUGCUCUCUGACCCAGGCCCUGAAAUGGAUUAGUAACAAGUCAGGCUUCGGUAGCGCCGGCAAAAGUGACACAUCACAAAACGAACACAAUGUCGAAUCGCAGUUAGGGUCCGGUCCGGAUGCAACGACCAGCCCCCUCCAGCGCCUGCACAUUUCGGAUCCUGUCAUAGUGGCGCUUCCAGCUCAUCGAUACGGACCUCACGCAACCGAACAUUCCCUGAGUCAAGAGGCGCGGCCCUUGAUGGGAUACGACGGCAUUCCAGUUGGCCAUCCUGUCAAGAUUCGGACUAGCGGCAUGUCGAUGGAUCAACGCUUGGAUCACUGGCGCUCCAAGUACGCCUCCGGCAGAGUGAACUUCGGAGGGAAUGUCAAUGUUGCUCGACCCCCUCCUCUAGAAAGUCAGGCUAUCCAUGUUCAACAUCCGGAAUAUCGUUGGACCAACAACUACUAUGCGGAUCACAUGACGCGAGCUGAUCACGACGUCAUCUUUCGAAGACCGCAAGACUUUCACCCGAGCCAGUUGUCCCCCGAAAAGUUCAAGAGCGUUGCGGAAAAUGGGUUUCUACGAGAUGAGGUAUUCAUGAACAGGAUGGGAGAUGGCUACGCAUGGGACUGGUACAAGCACUACCACGGUGUCAGCUCUGCGCCUAGCAGUCCCACCGCUCACACACCACUCAUUCAGCCCCAGCGACCGGUUUUGCGGCAUGAAGGGUCGAUUCUUCACGAUGUGAGUGCAUGAAGCGCAACGAUCUGACGUCAACUUGGUUUGGAUUCGUCUAGAAGACCACGCUUUCUGGGGAUCCGUGUCUUCCCGCACGCCGGGCUGCCCGAAGCCGGUAUUCGAAGCAACCUGCUGCUCUUGGUAACCCCCCGGACGCAGUCUCAUGACGAGCCGGUAUACGUAGCGCUGAGCAACGACUUUACCCUCUGCCGUGAACAGCCCAACCAAGUUUCGCGCCGAGAUGCUGAUUCAAAUGAGACGCUAGUCCGUCGCGCUGAGGAUGAAAACCUUGGCAUGAAGGUGGGUCUGACUUUCCCGAUCGUGUUGCCUAGCACUUGACUCGAUCAGUCACUGUCCUCGAUAGGUCUUGAAUUGGAUCCGCGAGAAGGCCAACCACUCGAAAGCAACCUCGUCGGAUCACGCCGCUCUGUCGCCAUCGUCAUCAGGAGUCUCCUCGCCGCACACAAUGCCCACGAGUCCUAUGUCGGAGAAGGCUGGGCCAUCUCUGUCAAGAACUGGAGACGAGCACAACUCCAUGCCAUCGGCAGUCGCUUCUACGCAGCGUCUACAGAUCACGGAUCCAGCCGUAGUCGCCUGGCCUGACCAUCGUAUCCCUGAUCACAUGCUCGCGCGUCCGCGACCGGAUGUUGUCCCAUACCUGCACUUCCAGUCUUCGAACUGGUAUGUUUGCAAAGUUGCCAAUUAUCUUCGACUCAUCACGUGCAGCUGAUGUUUGACCCAUUCCAGGCCCAAUUUGCGUCCUAGACUGGGUCCACACGCGCCCGGCAAUGCUCGCUCAAGGGCUCAAGUACUCGAUGAGUGGGUGGCUGACACGCUCCCGUCUAUCCAUGGCCCACUUUGACACUCGCAACAACUUCGUUGUAUCUCAUUUUGCAGGUUGACAUGGCAUUACCAGAAUAUGCCACGCGAAAGGCUACGUGAGCUAGGUAUCAUUCCUCUUGCGUGCGUCGCCAGCGCUGCUCGCCUCCCGAUAGCGAAGAUGCUGAAAGCGGUUGCCACGAUCUGCUUGGCUCUCGCAGUCUUCCCAUCCGCGACAGCCGAGGACGCGAUGGAAUUCCCAUAGGAAAACCAAUCACUUUUCAAAGUCGAGGUAUCAGUGUUGCCCACCAACGCGCAGUAUGGAAGGCGCGUUCCGGCAGCGGUAGGAACGCAGCUAGGAACCCCGGGUCACCUCUCCAGCCACGUCAUCGACAAUCUGGCGUUCAUUACACGGACGACUUUCACAGCGAUUAUCAAUAUUGCAACGGACCUGCAUGUCACGUCACAGUGUUUAGGCGGCCGCCUGGCUUCCAUCCGAGUCAACUAACACCCGCUGAAUUCAAAACGGUAGCUGAACACGGCUUUUUAGAGAAUUCCUCGUUCGUGAAUCGGAUGGGAGACGCGGAUCAUUGGAAAGCGCUACAACGGGUACAUGGGGUCAGCACAGAACGUGUCCAUCCAACGCGGUCGGAAAAUCACUACUACUUCGGACACAUAGAUCGUCGUGGGCUAGGCGAGGAUGUUGGUGUACUGGUGAAGCUCAAAGAAAAACAUGGCAAGGUAGGUAUUGUACGGGCGGAGGAAGGCACUUGUGGUGAGACAAUUGCUGACUCUUACUCAGAAUUCUCAGACACUCAAGAGCUUAUCCCUAUCAAAGACCGAGGGCUCUCGAGGAGAGUCUCAUCAAAAGCUUGGAAGUAGCUCAGCAGAUAGGCUGCAGACAAAGGGAAGCCAGCAGCUCGCGGACACCAGCGCUGCACACUCAGCGCCCACAACGUCAGCUGUCUCUCCUGUUUCCUCUCAACCUGACCAGAAGAAUGUGCUGCGCCCGCCUACCCGUCUUACCUACGACUCGUCAGACGGCAAGGCUGAAUUCCCAGAACGCUAUAGGACGGGUUCGCCAAUCACACGCGAGCAGCUGGAGCGUGCAGCAGAAAGAAAAGCCAGGCUCAAGGCCAGCGAACUGAGGGCCAGUCGACUUGCUUUGGAAGGUCGAAUGGGUGCCAGCAAAGAUCACGCUCCUGCUGCUAAGGCGCGCACGCCGGACUUCGCUGUCGACGCGGUGCAAAGUGAAAAGGAAGCUUCGGAUGUACACGACGCAGCUAAGAAGGUACAACCUGAUGCUGCUCCGCUGCGUAUGCCAGGUCCCACGAUUGUCGCAUUGCCUCCAGAAGCAAGAACUCCUCUGGGUAUGUCGGGGUCGCAUAUCCCUCAGGUCUCCUCUGCAACUCGACCUGUGUCGCACCUACGGGUUGUGACCGAUCGUCUGGGAGGAGAGGCGAGCUCAUCGCGCGCAUCGCGCGCAUCGAGUCUGCGAGCUGCUUCCGGCGAAGGGCACGAUGAUGCUGCUGCUGCGAAGCCCGACAACAGACGUAAUCUGGAAGCGCUGAGGAUUGUCGGACACCCACACCCAGUCAAUGUUGUAGGACGGCCCGUGAUCAUUCACGAGAGGAUGCUUUCUCCCAAUUCUCAACAAGCUCUGCUUUAUCACCAAGGGCCACCACCAAAACCAGACGGGGUUCGUCUGGAGGUAUCGCACCAGCCCGCUACCGGAAGGGUCGUGCUGUUCGGAAGACCCCCUAAUUUCAACCCCCAAACACUGUCGCCUAACUCGCGCAAGGUGAUGAAGGACUCCGGCUUGGAAUGGGACAGCCGUAUAGCCCCGUACAAACCUCCGUACAGUCAUUAA